AGAUACCUGAGAUCGUAUAUUGCAUACAAAAGAACACUAUGGAGCAGCAGAAAACUCUAACUGCUGGUUCACAGCGCAGGACUUUUCCGCACAAUAUGUAUCAGCGAACAUAUCGUCUUGAAGUCAACAAUGUUUUGAGUAUUGUUUAUGUUGUCGGUACGGAAGUGAAAAUUAACCUGAACAGAUGUGCCCCUUCACAGUGCAAGUUCUUCUCUAUAAAAUGCAACCCCACUGUGCAGUUUCGGGUGGAAGCAGGUGCCUCGGCUGCCUCGGUCGCCAUGGCCACCCCGGCCGGAGGUUCCUUUCUCUCCCCGCAGCUUCUCACUAAAAACACCGUAGUGUUCAUCUCCAUGAAACUUGCAAGUGAGCUGGUGAAUGACAGCAAGUUAUCUGUGAGGUUCUAUGGGAACAAGUCAGAACUCCUUGGGAAUGCAGUAUUGCAUCUUACAGCUGUUGAAAUCUCUCUGGACAUUGAUGCAGAUCGAGAUGGCAUUGUUGAGAGGAACAACCCAAACAAGGCUUCUUGGAAGUGGGGUCCAAAUGGCCAUGGUGCCAUUCUGCUGGUCAACUGUGAUUGUGAGUCCACUUUCAGAAAAGAAUUGGACAGUGAGGAUGAGGAAAUCACGAGAGUCUCAGAUUUAAAGGACAUGUCCAAGAUGAUUUUGCGCACCAGAGGUCCAGCUGUGCUCCCAGAGGGCUAUAAACUAAGCCUCCACAUUUCUCGGAGCCACGCUGAGAGUGUGAGGGUCUUCAGGACCAGUGGAAAACCACAGGGCUCUACUCUGAAAUAUCUGCUCUUCAAGCUAUUCCAGAAGGACUAUCCUCUAGUGCUGAAUAAGGAGCAGCUGGCCGGAGAAGUUCCCUAUGUGGGUGGGGACUCCCAGCAGGAGCUCUUCGUGGAGGGCAUUCGCUUCCCCGAUAAGGACUUUGAUGGUCUCAUCACCAUAAACCUCAGCCUUUUAGAGCCUAGUGGCCAGGGUUUCCCAGAGACACCUAUUUACACCGACAAGGUCAUGUUCCGUGUUGCCCCUUGGAUUAUGACUCCGAACACCCUCAAACCUGUGGAAGUCUUUGUGUGCAGCACAUCAGACAAUUAUGACUUUUUGAAGGCCAUAAAAAGUCUGGUGCAGAGCAGUGGGUACAAGCUGAAGAUAUGCCACGAGUACAUGAACCGAGGAGACCGCUGGAUGCAGGAUGAGAUUGAGUUUGGCUACAUCGACUCACCACACCAGAGAAUCCCUGUCGUGUUGGACUCUCCACGAGAUAGAGAGCUUGAAGAUUUCCCCUAUGAUGUCUUGCUGGGUCCAGACUUUGGCUAUGUGACCCGUUACCCGGUGAAUGAGCGGGUGAGCAGCCUGGACUCUUUUGGUAAUCUGGAGGUCAGUCCACCUGUCACUGUGAAUGGGAAGAAGUACCCACUGGGCCGCAUCAUCAUUGGUGUGGCCUUCCCUACUACAGCACAUGGCCGAAACAUGACUAAAGUGAUCCAGGACUUCCUGUGGGCUCAGAAGGUUCAGGAGCCCAUUGCCCUUUACUCUGAUUGGCUUGUUGUGGGUCAUGUGGAUGAGUUCAUGACCUUUGUCCCAGCUCCUGAUAGGAAGGGAUUCAGAUUAUUGCUGGCCAGUCCAGAUGCAGGAUAUAAAUUAUUCAGAAGCUUGCAGGUAAAAGGACAUGGGAGUGCCAAACUUUUUCAAGGUAAAGAGGAAGAGAUCAGUGUUGAUGAACUCAUGAGCAACGAGGAGUUUCGAGCAGAAAAUGUCUAUGUGCAGAACUGCAUUGACUGGAACAGGGACAUACUGAAGAAAGAACUUGGCCUGGAUGAUGAAGAUAUCAUUGACCUUCCAAUCCUGUUUAAAGUGUUUUCUGAAGAAGACAACAGGGCUGCAGCCUAUUAUCCUGACAUGGUCAACAUGCUUGUGCUGGGUAAGAACCUGGGCAUUCCCAAGCCGUUUGGGCCACAGGUUCGUGGCACCUGUGCGCUGGAGGCAGAGAUGCGCUCAUUGCUAGAACCACUGGGGCUUAACUGCACCUUUAUCGAUGACUUUGCCUCCUAUCACAAGCUUCUGGGUGAAGUGCACUGCGGAUCCAACGUGCGUCGUGAACCUUUCGAGUUCCGGUGGUGGAAUCUGGAGUAGUGAGGUCAUAGCGGCCUGGACAUCUCCUGCCCCACUGAUCUCCAAUGUACUGAUAAAAAAACUACGCAGCAAACAUUUAGCCUUUAUGUAUAACAGUAAAGUACUGAAAUGCUUAAUGCUUUUAGGUGUUAGCUAUAAACUUUAUGUAUUGCGCUAAGGGCCACCAAAGUUCAGAGUAGUUAAAUAAGAGGUGCCAUCACUAAAGCACUGAGAUCUUAGCAUCAGAUUAUCAUUGAGAUAUUUUACAUAUCUUUUUCAUUUCGACAAUAAAACAUGGUCAGAUUUUUUUUUUUUUUACAUCUUUGUUCUUAUAAAAAAUACUGUAUUUCUUUAUAGCUACAACAGGGCCUUAUUGCUAAAUUAUCAAGAAUCAGGAACUUUUUUGUUGUGAUUUUAAUCAACUGAAACAUACAGUAUAACACACAGAACCUUCUGUUUACACUGAAAAAAAAUCAAUAAAUCAAUAAGAACGUU